ACAUCUCAGUAUCCGUCGCCAAACCCAACGUCACGUAACUGGGACCAGCUGGCUCUGGGUGACUUCGAUGAGGAAGAGCGGACGAGAGAAGAAGGAGGCGAUGCUGCUCUCAACUCCCUCUUCCAGCAGAUCUACUCUGGACGGACAGACGACAGUCAAGCUUCAUCUGCUAUGCUGAAAUCAUUUUAUGAAUCUGGUGGCACUGUCCUGAGUACCAACUGGACAGAAGUCGGUAAAGACAAAGUAGAAGUCAAGCCCCCAGAUGGACUGGAAUGGAAGAAAUACUGAAAUCACCUCUCACAUCACUAUUUCCAGCUCGAAUUUGUGUCACUUCACCUUAUCAAGUGGACAGUUGGAACUAUGAUUAUUUUUGCAUACAUAUUUUGAAAACACAUUCAGACCUUGACGAUUCAGAUUCCUGUGACUUGCCGUCAUUUCCAGUUGAACUGAGGAUGAAUGUAACAGCUCAUUUGAUAUGAUUUCCUGUUGAGAAUAGGCCAGGUGAU